AUGAAGUCAAAGCGCAUCAAGGUCGUAUAUCUGGAUAGUUUUGCCGGACUACUGGAACGCCCACUUAGCUCCUUCUCGUGGAACUUUGAAGCGAAUUUUGGCUGGUGUCCUUUUGUUGUCCCCGGUUGGCAGAUAGUUCAGCUAAAAUAUGAAUCACACAUUGUAUGGAGCAAUUUGACGGAUCAGUCCUUUGAGGAGGUUAAAAAGAUGUGCUCUGCCGGGACUCCAGAACCCACCGUGGAGGACUUAGUCGAUAAAACCCGAACAUCCGUCUCCGAAGAGGAAACAUCCAGUCACACCACAACUUCGGAAUUGCAUUUUCCCAUUACAGACGAUGAACAAGUUGAUGAGCGGUUGUCUGAUGCCGGUUUGGAGACAUCCAACGAAAUGCCCGUCUCACGUGCUAAUAAAUCCGUUCAUCCGGUGACAACCAAGUCGUCUUUUUCCAUUACGUCUGAAGUCCAACAGAAGGAUUUGUCUGACGUUUUUUGGCAUAGACCAAAUCACCCAAACUUUUUCGUGUGCCAACGUGUCAAAUCUUCGUCUUUCAACGAGAAAGCUCUACAGGUGAAGAACUAUUUCGAAGCACUGAAAAGAGCAUGUGCAUCCGCGGCCCAUCUGGUUCCACAAGUGCCCCUUCAACUUGUUGGCGUGAACACCUUUGAUCGCCGGGUUUUAUAUGUCCGUUUUCAACCCAACUCGGAGCUACAACGUUUUGUCAACCAUCUGAAUAGAUUGCUGCAUGCAUCUGGCUUUUCCAACCACAAUGCGCUAUGGUUCACACCACACAUCACGCUUAUGAAGCUCAACGGCAAGCAGUAUAAUCGUUUUAAAAUCAAUUCGAAGAUUGUGGAAAAAUAUCGCGACGAGGAUUUCGGCACGUUGCUUCUGCGCGAACUACACUUGUGUUUGAUGGGUGCAAGCCGGGACGAGUUGGGAUUCCAUCGGUCAUACGGAAGCGUAGCCUUCAAUCCGGUUACCGAUGAGUGA